CGAGCAUGGCAUAUAUAUCAUAAUACCAAUAUAGGAACCUGCAUCACCUCACCUCAUCUUCCAAUAAUUUACACUCUACUGGGUGAGAGCAAGGGCGUAACUUGGAUACGCUGCAGCUGGGAGACAAAACAGGGAGAAUCGAGAAGAUGGAGAUGGUUCUGGGCGCGAUGGUGGAGGAGUACACCUUCACCUUCCUGGCCAUGGCCGUGGGAUUCCUGGUGGUGGUGUACUUGUACGAGCCGUACUGGAAGGUGCGGCACGUGCCGGGGCCCGUGCCGCUGCCGCUCAUCGGCCACCUCCACCUGCUCGCGAAGCACGGCCCCGACGUCUUCCCUGUGCUCGCCAAGAAGCACGGCCCGGUCUUCAGGUUUCACGUGGGAAGGCAGCCAUUGACCAUCGUGGCCGAUGCAGAGCUUUGCAAGGAGGUGGGCAUCAAGAAGUUCAAGAGCAUCCCCAAUAGAAGCCUUCCUUCGCCCCUCGCUAAUUCCCCCAUCCAUCUGAAAGGCCUCUUCGCUACAAAGGAUUCGAGGUGGUCGGCGAUGCGGAACAUUAUCGUCUCCAUCUACCAGCCGUCGCACCUCGCGGGGCUGAUCCCGGCCAUGGAGUCGUGCAUCCAGCGCGCGGCGACGAACCUCGACGACGGCGAGGAGGUCGUCUUCUCCGACUUGGCGGUGAGGCUCGCCACCGACGUCAUCGGACAGGCGGCGUUCGGCGCGGACUUUGGCCUGUCGGGAAAGCCGCCGGUGCCUGGCGACGAAGAUUCGAAGGGUGCCGACGACGGCGGAGCUGCGGCGAAGGCGUCGUCGGAGUUCAUAAACAUGCACAUCCACUCGACCACGUCGCUCAAGAUGGACCUGUCGGGGUCUCUCUCCACCAUCGUCGGCAUGUUCCUGCCCUUCCUGCAGAAGCCGUUGCGGCAGGUGCUCUUGAGGGUCCCCGGCUCCGCCGACCGGGAGAUCACCCGCGUGAACGGUGAGCUCCGCAGGAUGAUGGACGGCAUCGUCGCGGCGAGAGAGCGAGCGCCGGCGGCGUCGCGGCAGCGCAAGGACUUCCUGUCCGUGGUGCUCGCGGCGAGGGAGAGCGACGCGUCCACGCGGGAGCUGCUCUCGCCGGACUACUUGAGCGCGCUGAUCUACGAGCACCUCCUCGCCGGAUCGGCGACGACGGCGUUCACGCUGUCCUCGGUGGUCUACCUCGUCGCCAAGCACCCGGAGGUGGAGGAGAAGCUGCUCAGGGAGAUCGACGCGUUCGGCCCCCGCGACAGCGUUCCCACGGCGGACGAUCUUCAGACCAAGUUCCCGUACCUCGACCAGGUGGUGAAGGAGUCGAUGAGGUUCUUCAUGGUGUCGCCAUUGGUGGCGCGAGAGACCUCCGAGCGUGUGGAGAUCGGUGGCUAUGUCCUUCCAAAGGGUACAUGGGUGUGGAUGGCGCCAGGAGUCCUUGCCAAGGACCCCAUCAACUUCCCAGACCCGGAGCUGUUCCGACCGGAGCGGUUCGACCCUGCCGGGGACGAGCAGAAGAAGCGACACCCGUACGCGUUCAUCCCGUUUGGAAUCGGCCCCAGGGUUUGCAUCGGCCAGAAGUUCGCCAUUCAGGAGAUCAAGCUCGCGGUGAUCCACCUCCAUCAGAGAUACGUGUUCCGGCACUCUCCCAGCAUGGAGUCCCCUCUGGAGUUUCAGUUUGGGAUUGUGGUCAACUUCAAGCAUGGUGUCAAGCUUCAGGCCAUCAAAAGGUACAAGAAUUACUAGAUCAAUUGCUAGUGGCUGUGUGAAUUUUGAUCUUGGGUUUUCCUCCGUGCAAAGUUGCAAAUGUAUAUACAGCCACGGAUAGAAGAUGAACGCGGUACAACCCUCUGAUACUUAAUGAAAGGUUGAUCUCGUUGCAAAUCCUCUUUUGAUUUAA